AUGACGGACGCCGCCGCGGGCUCCGGCCUGCAGCUGCAGCCGUCGGAGAGGCCCGCCAGGGGAGAGGGAGCGGGUGCGGUCGUCGUGGUGGCUGUGCGCGCCGCCGCAAGGGAGAUCUCCAAGACGGCCGCCGUCUGGGCGCUCACGCACGUCGUCCAGCACGGCGACAGCAUCCUGCUGCUCGUCCUCAUCCCGCCGCGGACCUCAGGCAGGAAGUUCUGGGGCUUUCCGUUCUUCGCUGGGAACUGCGCAAGUGGUCACAAGGCAGUGCUGAACCAGAGGUCGGAUGUUGCUGAGCUGUGCUCUCAGAUGAUUCGAAAACUUCGCGAUGUAUAUGAUCCCAACAACAAGACAAAUGUGAAGGUUAAGAUCCUCUCUGGAUCACCUCCUGGUGCCGUGGCCACUGAAUCCAAGCGGGCUCAAGCAGGCUGGGUUGUGCUGGACAAGGAGCUGAAGCAUGAGGAGAAGCGCUGCAUGGAGGAGCUGCAGUGCAAUAUUGUGGUUAUGAAGCGCUCUCGGCCCAAAGUUCUACGGCUGAACCUGGUGGGAUCGCAUGAAAAGGAGUCCAAACCAGCUCCUCCGGCAUCACCUGAGCCAAGUACGUCAGUUGGUAACACCGUGAGCAAUACCAAAGAGCAGCGGAGUCCGAUUCGAGUGCCAUCUGUGACACCUAACAGCAGCCCGGAGUCAGAAGCGCCUUUUGACACAACUGAUGUUGGAACGUCUUCUGUCUCAAGCUCCGACCCUGCCGCUUCUCCAUUUUGCGCUUCGGAUACGAAUAGCUCUUUGACGAAAGAGGCAGCCAAGGAUAACAUCCAGCAUUCUGAUGUCAAUAUAUCUGACUCUGAGAGUGAGGCUUCAACUCCUCUGCCAGCCUCGUCCCUUCAGCCAUGGAUGGCUAACAUUUUACAGGGGCCUGCUUCUGCUAGACUACUAGGAAAUCGCCCUAGAAGGACACCUACUGCAGAUUCUUUGCUCGAGAAGAUUGCCAAACUGGAUCUCUUGACUGAAAUCAACGCAAUCAGAAGCAGGUCUGACUUGAACUUCAGAGGCAAUGUGAGAGAUGCUGUCUCACUGUCCAGGAGUGCACCUCCGGGACCACCGCCUUUGUGUUCUAUAUGUCAGCAUAAGACGCCUGUAUUUGGAAAACCACCUCGGUGGUUCAGCUACGCCGAACUGGAGCUUGCAACUGGCGGCUUCUCCCGAGCAAAUUUCUUGGCUGAAGGUGGGUUUGGGUCUGUUCACAGAGGUGUCCUUCCGGACGGCCAAGCAAUUGCUGUCAAGCAGCACAAACUUGCUAGCUCCCAAGGCGACAUCGAGUUUUGCUCGGAGGUGGAGGUUCUGAGUUGUGCGCAGCAUCGGAAUGUUGUAAUGCUGAUUGGUUUUUGUGUUGAAGAUAAGAGGCGUUUACUAGUAUAUGAGUACAUCUGCAAUGGCUCACUAGAUUCGCAUCUUUACGAUCGUAACAAAGAAACUCUGGAGUGGGCUGCCAGACAAAAGAUUGCAGUAGGAGCUGCCAGAGGUCUGCGAUACCUCCACGAAGAAUGUAGGGUGGGUUGUAUAAUCCACCGUGACAUGAGACCAAACAACAUCCUUGUCACACACGAUUUUGAACCACUGGUUGGAGAUUUUGGCUUGGCUAGGUGGCAACCUGAUGGGGACCUGGGUGUUGAAACAAGAGUCAUUGGCACAUUUGGUUAUCUGGCACCCGAAUAUGCUCAGAGUGGGCAAAUAACUGAGAAGGCAGAUGUCUACUCGUUCGGGGUUGUAUUAGUGGAACUUAUAACUGGACGCAAGGCUGUUGACAUUAACAGGCCGAAGGGUCAGCAAUUCUUAACUGAAUGGGCUCGGCCUCUGCUGGAAGAGUAUGCGAUCGACGAUCUGAUUGACCCUCGCCUGGGGCGGCACUUCUGCGAGAACGAGGUCUACUGCAUGUUGCACGCAGCAAACCUGUGCAUAAGUCGCGACCCUCAUCUGAGGCCACGCAUGUCCCAUGUUCUGCGCAUACUAGAGGGCGGCGACAUGGUGGUGGAUUCAGGCAGCGAUGCGGGGAGCAGGAGCUGGCGUCUGCAGAACGAGCGGUGCCAAGAGCAGAGCAGCCCAGCUCAACGUGAUGCGCAGUCACAGACCGCGGGAAGCCCAUGGAGUCGAGAUCGGCAGAACUUGUCUCACAGAUACUAG